AUGACUUCCCAACUUAACUCAACCGCAACACCAACCUACACUCUCGCAGAGGGAGGUCCAAUUGGCGAUCCUGCUACAGUCGUUCGACUUAACCGUAGUAGUGGAGGUGGUCUUGUCCUUCUUCAAGAUACACAACUUAUUGAGACACUUGCGCAUUUUGCAAGGGAAAGAAUUCCGGAACGAGUCGUCCACGCCAAGGCAGCUGGUGCCUUUGGCACUUUCACUGUAACUCACGACAUCUCAUCCAUAACAUCGGCCAAGUUUCUCAAUGGUGUCGGUAAGAAGACAGAGGUAGUAGUGAGAAUCUCAACCGUCGGUCCAGAGAAGGGAAGCGCAGAUACAGCUCGCGAUCCACGAGGAUGGGGCAUCAAGUUCUACACAGAGGAAGGAAAUCAAGAUUGGGUAUUCAAUAACACUCCAAUCUUCUUCAUCCGCGACCCGAUCAAGUUCCCUUCGCUUAACCGCUCCCACAAGCGUCACCCGCAAACAAAUCUGACAGACAGCACAAUGUUCUGGGAUUUCCACAAUAACAAUCAAGAAGGAACUCAUGAGUUAAUGCAUCUAUUUUCAGACCGCGGAACACCUAAGUCUCUCCGUCACACUGACGCCUUUUCUGGACACACAUACAAGUUUACUACUACCGACGGCAACUUUCACUAUGUCAAGAUCCAUCUCAAAACAGAUCAAGGAAUCCAGAACUUCAAAGCUGAAGAAGCAACCAAGAUGGCCGGCGAGAAUCCAGACCACAAUACCCAAGACCUCUUCGAAUCCAUCUCAAAAGGCGAUUUCCCAACCUGGACAGCCUACCUCCAAGUCAUGACCCCCUCCCAAGCAGAAACCUACCGCUGGAACAUCUUCGACAUGACCAAAGUCUGGCCACACGCCGACUUCCCCCUCAUCCCCUUCGGCAAGCUCGAACUAAACCGCAACCCAUCAAACUACUUCUCCGACAUCGAACAAGCCGCCUUCUCCCCCUCAACCAUGGUCCCCGGCAUCGCCCCCUCAGCCGACCCCAUGCUACAAGCGCGAAUGUUCUCCUACCCCGACGCGGCGCGCUACCGACUCGGCGUAAAUUACCAGCUCCUCCCGCCAAACCACGCGCACUCGCCCGUUUAUUCCCCCUACCAACGCGACGGCUUCGCGAAUUUCGGUGGUAACUACGGCGCGGAUCCUAAUUAUGUGAGGACUAGUUUCCGGCCGGUGAAGGUUGGGAGAGCGGAUACGCCGCACGAGGAGUGGAGUGGACGGGUGGCGGCGUAUACGACGGAGGUUAAGGAGGUGGACUUUGUGCAGGCGAGGGGGAUGUGGGAGGUUUUUGGGAGGACGGGACAGAGGGAGGCGUUUGUGGGGAAUGUGGCUGGGCAUUUGAGGAUGGCGGAGGAGGGGGUGAGGAAGGAGGCUGUUGCGGUUUGGGCAAAGGUUGAUGAAGAUAUGGCUAAACAGAUUGAGGCUGCUAUGGGGGUUUGA